UAUUUUUGACAAGUGGAACAGCUCGAUGACCAAUUCUAAUCAGUUGAAGGGUUGAUCUGGACGCGAUUGGAAGGUGGUCUUGAUUCAAGCAAGACUUCAUGUGAUACCUAAGGAGUAUUAUAUCGCCGGAACAUAAAUAAAACUCGUCAUGAUUGCUGCAUUGUCCCUGGCUCUGGUCCUAGCGUCUGCCUCUGUGGCCCGGGAACAUGGAUUUGUAUAUUGCCCAGCCUACCCCUGUCUGUGUGAGCCGAGAAAUGGUGAGCUUGUUAUAAACUGUCGCUACCUCUACCUUACCGAACUUCCCAAGUUCCUGUCAUUCGACGGCAGAAUCAAAGAGCUCUCUUUGCGCAAAAACAGCAUCCGAUUCCUUCCAGACAACUCGUUCAGAGGGCUGAAUAUCCAGUCUAUUGACUUAACUGAUAACAUUGUUACCAAGGUGGACGAUGGAGCAUUUAGUGGCCUAGAGAAUGUGCUUGAAGAAUUGGACAUGCAGGUGUAUGCUAUGGAAGGUCUUCCAAUAAAGGCGUUGGAACCAUUAGUUCAACUAACGAAGCUGAGAAUUGUUGGUUGUCGGGUGCCAAAACUUCAGCGAGAUACUUUUGCCAGAUUGACGCAGCUGAAAGAACUUCAUCUCAUUUCGUGUCGUAUCAAUGACAUUGAAGCUGGCGGUAUUGGUAUUCUGAGGAACUUGCAGGUUCUCGAUCUUUCUGGAAACAAUCUCAAGUACCAGCACUUGAGAGAAAUCUCCAAAUUGUAUGACCUUAGAAAGUUGAUUCUGACCAAUAAUGACAUCAGGGUUUUGGGUAGUAACGCAUUUGAUCACUUGCUUCACCUCCGCCAUAUUGACUUAUUCUCCAACGCAAUAUCCAGCAUCGAUCGCAACGCGUUCAAGACACUUGACUACUCACUUGAGUUUCUUAGCCUUGAAAAGAACCAGAUAAAGAAUAAGGCUUUAUAUUCGCUUAAGUCUCUCCGAAAUUUAAGAGAGUUAAAUCUUGCAAAGAAUAACUUGACAAAGGUGACCGAAAGUGCUUUCAUGAAACUGGAGCUUCUUGUUGACUUAGAUUUAGAGGACAAUCAAAUUUCUCUCAUCAAGUCAGAUUCUUUGUCGGGUACAAGCAAGUAUUUGAGAACAUUAAAAUUAAGUGGAAAUCCAAUUAGGGAAAUUGAAAAUGGCGCUUUUGCUAAACAUUCCGCUUUAAAAAAGCUUUCCAUGAACAAGGUCAAAAUGAGUAAACGAUUUAAACAUUUCACCUUCAGGGGUCUUGAACGUAGUUUAGAAGAACUAAGUUUACAAAAUUCUAGUAUAUCAGAUGAAGAUCUAUCUUCUUUGAGAAAUCUCACGAGUUUGAAAAAAUUGGCUUUGAAUUCCAACAACAUCAAGAAAAUCCCAAAAGGAAUAUUCCAACAGAUGCAGAACCUGGAGAAGAUAGAUCUUUCGGACAAUCAACUUUCAAAUAUUGACGACAGAACAUUUGAUGGUCUACAGCUAACACUUCAGUUAGUAAACUUCCAAAAUAACAACAUAUCAAGCAUUUCAAAGUGCACAUUUGAUGGGUUCCAUCGUCUUGGUGACAUACGCCUUGGCCUCAACCCUUUGAUCUGUGAUUGUCGCCUAGGCUGGCUACACAACUGGUUGAAGAUGCAUUACCAGGAGUUCCAGAGAUCUGUGAGUGAUUGGAAAUGUGUCGCUCCACCAAGCCAUGCAAAGAAACCGUUUCGUCAUCUUGCUUUGUCUCAGCUCACCUGCUCCGGGCCACAAGCCAAGAAUCAGACAUGUGAUUGGACCGUGGACGAAUGGACUCGCCCUAUGAUCCCCAUAGCAACCGAUGUUGUCCCUUCACCCAUGCUUCCUGUAGAUCUACUAGGUACGGAGGUGAACCUUGCACUUGAUGGAUCUGUGUCGAAGGUCAUUUCCGCCAUCUGGAACUGCAGUAGUAAGCAUACUGUCGGAGGAUACAGGAUCGUGGUCCGGCGUACUAAUGAUUCGUAUGAAGAAAGGGAUGUCGUGGUUCCUCUUGAGACGGGGCGUUACAUAUUUUCCGAUCUAAUGCCAGGGUUCGAGUAUGAAGUGUGUUUGACUGUCCUGUCGGAUGAGGAGGUUCCUCUGGGUCGGGAUUGUCAAUUGGAAAUUACAGAGAAGGAAUCAAAGACACUGGGCCGCUCUCGACACUCCCAGACUCCAUUUCUCACUCUUCUGUGGACCUACGUGGCCGGAAGUCUGGCUGCAACGCUCCUUUUCGUCACCGUCGCCAUCUGCAUUCGACGUCACCGUCAGAAGAAGUUUAUUCAUGGCUUUGCCCCGGGUUAUUCUGCAUGGGGUGGAGGCAUGAUGUACGGCAUGCCGAACAGCCAGGCGACAUCAUCCUGCUACUUUAACUCCACCACUACCGGCUACGACGACGUUGAUCUCGGCGAUGCCAGUGAAUGUUGCCCCAGUCAUGGUCGCUGCAGUGCAGUCAGUACAUUCCGAAGACAUUUACCAGCAAAUUAUAUUGUCACUGCAGCAGACCUGAAUGACGAUUUCUACUUUCAUUUCUAAAGAGUGCUGUGAUGUUAUUUAUCUGGCUGAUAUUGGUAUGAUGUGUGUAUGGUGUAUCAUAAGGACAUUGUGCUGGACAGAUACAGACAUUAACAGUAUCCACGACUGUGUCAAGAAAUGAACUUAUAUUGAUGUUAAAAUCAAUGAGUGUGGACUGUGGGUAAGUAUGUGUGAGGUGGAUACGUGUUGCACCAUUGGUGUGUCUUCAUAUCGUAUCUUUAUACGUGUUCCACACCUGUCGAAACCUGUCGGUAUUUUGUAUAAAGAUGUUACAUAUUUUUUAUACUGUUCAAAGUGACACUGUGACGUUACAAUGUAUAAAACUAGCUUUGAAAAGCGAUUUAACAUAGGUAAUUUCCACAUGUUUGUAUGAAUAUAUUUGUUUCACAUUGUUAUGCUCAUUAAGGUUCACAUGUGUUAUACCCAUGAGAUCCUUUGGUAUUUGUUCAUGAGGUUAAUUAUUUGUUUUCGUUUUGUUACAUUCAUCGGGUUGUUUACAAUAUGUUAAAUGUCGUCAAAUUACAAACCUCGCACCUGCUGUUAUAUACAUGCAUCAGCACGGGACAUAGCGUAUCUGAACUGAUGUUAUUCAGCUCCACUCGACUUUAGUCGCUACCAUGGGCUUUACUGGCGUAGUAAUAUAUAAUUUCUCCAUACACCGCCAUAUCCUGCCACAGAAAUAAAGUUCGUUCAACACAAAUGUUGAAUCCGAAAACAACUAAUUGCAAACGACUUCUACAAAAAAAAUUGAAGUAAAAACAAAUAGAAACACCAUUUUUAUAUACAUAAGGGUCACGUUGUACGAAGUCAUGUGAUAGUCACGUGACUAGAACUAGUUCCAAAAUGGAUUCCUACAGUCCAGAUGACCUAACGGACUGAGGUGGACCGUGUGGAGCUGAUGUAUACGUCAUAUGCAGUAAAUCUGCAGGCAUAGAUUGUGAAGCUUGAUGUCGCUAUUGCGCUUGUACAUUUUCAAUGUGUUUUUAGUGUGAUGUUUCAUGUUUUAAGUUGACAACAGUAUUAGCUAAUGUACUAGUAUUUACUUUUUAAUUAACGUAUUCUAAUGUCCAUUUCAACAUGCUUCAAGUUGACACCUCCAUUAAGACAUUGUUUCUCUCGGCCAGAUGUGAAUUGUCACAUCCUCAAUACAUGUCAGAACAUUACAGAAGGCGCCUUUUAUGUUAACUGUUAUAAUAUUUAACUGAACGUUUGCGGGCAAAUGUUACGAACACUCGGUUAUUUCAGUCAAUCAUUCAGCUAGGAAGUGUUGAGGAAGUGUACAUUCAAUUACAAUCAUUGUAAAUACCGUUUGUAAAUAUUUUUGUACAUCUGAUGAAUGUUUUUGAAUAAAAUGCGAU